CCAAGUUUCCACGGCAUCGACCAGCGGCAAUUAAAGUGGAACCAGACCGCAUGAAUUCUGCAGUGUGGAUGAAAGGAGAUCUCUGGCACGCGAAAAGGGCCUAGGCAACGGGGAGAGCAAAGGUCACGUUGCCGUUGCUGCCGGCUUUUGUGCCGAGCUGCGAAACUCCCCGAUGGCAAACUGUGCACAAAGGCAAACUGUGCAAAGAGGCACGGAAGGAGGAGAAGGAGGAGCCCAAAGGGACGGGCACAACAAGGGGAACGGCCAGCCGGAACAGCAAGACGACAAGCAAGGGGACAGGUGCUUCCAGACAGGCAGAACCAGGAAGCCCUGCCUUGCAGGAACCCGAAAUGCAGCUCUGCGUGGAAAAGAACCGGCCUUAAAUGAUGAAAGUUGGAAGAUUCAGAAGCAUUGCUGCUCCCUGCUCAACGAAGCAUCAGAAACGCGGCUUUGGGUGGAAGAGAACCGGCCUUAAAUGAUUGACUUGGAAGCAUCGCUGCACCAUGGCGGAGAAGUCAAAAGACGACACCUUGCAAGAGGAGCGUCUGAAAAUGGCCGUGGACAUGGCACCGCGUGCCCAAGAGGAAGCCUUCAAGGCUCCGGCCGUCGGAAGCCAGUCUCCAAGUCUUAGCAUCCGCGGAGGGACCCCGACUCUCCGCCACAGGCAGCCGUCCAAUUUCAAUCGGAGUCUGGGCCGGUCCAGCAGGCGUUCUGGCCACUGGAUGUCAUCAGGGAUGGACACAGCGAGGCUCUCAAUGGGCUGGGGCAGCACCAGGAGGAAAGGGCUGAAGGAGAUCCUCCUGCAGAGCAGCCAAGCCAAACCCGCGUGGCUGUCGGCUUCUCGAAAUGAGAACGGUGGUGACGUCGAUGCGGAGGAACUCAGCCCCGAGGACCUCUCCUUGGCUCUGGACCCCUUGGAGCACGAGUGGAUGCUGACGGUGGCCCACGGGGACAUCGAGAACGCCCUCCACUUGCUGGAGAAAGACCCCAGUUUGCUCAUAAGGAAGGACUUUGUGACGGGCUUCACCGUCCUGCAUUGGCUGGCCAAACACGGUCAGCAUGAGGACUUGAUCCAGGUGGUGUCCUUUGCGGAGAGGAACCAUUGCCCGGUCGACAUCAAUGUCUUGACGGCCAGCGGAAGGCUCACUCCGCUGCACUUGGCCGCACUUCAGGGCCGCGAGAUGGUCAUGAAGGUGUUGGUAGGGGCCUUUGGGGCCGAUGUGGGCCUCCGGGACCACAACGGGCGCAAGGCCUGGCAGUGCCUCCGAGCCGAUGCUCCCAGGGAGCUGAAGGAGCUCUUGGGUGCCAGCGAGGAAGACUUGGCCACCGAAGCCAGAGGCAACGUCAACAACAACAAUUGCGUCCCGUCGAGGCGAGGCGGCCUCGGGAACGCAUUGAAAGUGGGCAGCAAGGAACCACAAAGCCAGAGAGUGGCUCCCAGGCUCUCUUAUUUCCGGAACGUGUUCAAGCAAGCGGUCGCAUUCUUCCAGGAGCUUUAGACAUCAACUCAGUGACCUGUGUUACCUGUGAGCAGUUUCCAACACUAUCCAUCAUUGUACGAUGGGAUGAAAGCGGUUGGAAACUAGAAGUUGCCUAAUGGGACCUUGAAAUGGCCUCCAAACAUUGCUCCAUUGUAUGGCUACUACUGGAAACUCGGAAGUUGCCUAACAGGAUUGAUAUUGCCUCCAAACAUUGCUCCGUCGUACCACUACUAUUGGAAACUCUGAAGUUGCUUAACUGGAUCAAUAUUACCUCCAAACAAUGCUCCCAAAAACCUUCCAUUGGCCAGAUCCUUCAUUUCCAAGGAAACAACAUGGAGGAGAGUUGGCAUGGCUAGGUUUGCAAACUGGAACAAGUCUUCCAUCUCUCUUUGCUUCCUACACGGAAGUGUGUAAGUAGGAUUGUUUAUGUACUGUCCUGCAAAAGUGUGAAAUUCUGCCCUAAGGGGGAAACUCUGCAACCCACAUGCAUUACUCUCAAACAGGAAAAACUGCCUAUACAUAGCCAAAUAAGAACAAAUGGCAAAAAGAAGGAAUUACUCAAUGCCAUUUGUUCUUAUUUGGUGAUGAAUCCUAAGUGUCAAUAUGUCACAUGGAUCACUAAAACCCCUUCUCUCUGAUCCUUGAAAAUGUUCAGACGUCGGUUUUGCAUUGGAGAGUUGGGCGAAUAUGGUGUGCAGUAAAACAUACAGUAGAGUCUCACUUGUCUGACCUUCUGUCUUAUCCGACGCCCCCUUUUCCUCCAGCAUUUCCCCUUCAAUUAAAGGAAUGCUCCCCAACUCUCUCUCCAUUCCCAAUAAGUGAAAAAGGCAAUACAAGGAGAGAGGAAAAGGGGAAAAGAGGCAGGACCAGAAGUGGAAGCAUCCUCUCUCCUUCCCUCCGUGAUUUUCACACUCCCCUUCCACACCUUAAUCUUAAUUGGAGCAUAAAAAUCCCUAGAGACCGAUCCUUAGUUGGUCUAUUCUGUUUCCUGUAUAGAGCUCCUUUGCUGGACCCCUCCUUUUUUCUGCCACAGAGUUACUGAGAACAAUGGCUUGGGACAUUGUCUGGUAAUCCUAGGCCAAGCAAUCCAAAAUAGGCAUUCUUAGCUGCUGCAUUUAGCAGUAUUAUUAUAUCAACAGUCCAAAGGACAACAGAAGCUUUUGGCCAGCCUACGCUUCACAGGAGAGAAGAUUAAGACAGCACUUCCUGCUGGGCCCCUCUAGCCCCAAGGCGUUACCUUGCCUUAACUUUCGAGUCCAUGGUAUUAGUAUUCUAGGUGUCUAGCACCUUGUCAGAUGGCUAACAGUAGGACACUCCAUAUUAUCCAACAUUUUCAUUUAUCCGACGUUCUGCCGGCCCGUUUAUGGCAGAUAAGUGAGACUCUACUGUACUACCAAACACAUGGAAAUCAAAAUGUGUUUGGUAGUGAGAUUUCAAAAUGAAAGCUAUGCUUCUCAGGGAUGCUUCAAUGUGGUAGGAUGGUGAUUCAAAGCAGAGGCGGAUUCCGCCUUGAAGUCGGUUGACGAACUGUCAAGAUAGGCAUUGAAAUAGUCACCAAAUCUUGUGUGGCAUCAAGCACUUAUUUCUUAUUAUAAGGCAACCCACUCUUCUUUCUUUUUCCCCCCGGAUGCAAUUGGGGAAGUACGACUUGUUCUGGGCUAUGAAAAAGGAAAUGAUUUCAGCACUCCUUGUUUAAAAAGUUUCUCAACGCCAUAAGAACCUUUGCAGUUCCAAAUAAAACAAAAACCUUGAUGGUGGAGAAGCAAAGCUGUGUGUCUGCUCUGAUUCCCAUCAGAUUUGUUUGCAGAGGUGAUGUUUUUGGAGGGGAAUAAAGAG